AUGGAUCAACUACUCCUUAUAGAUCGGAAGCAUGACGAAUCUGCUGGGCGUGUAUAUGGUAUCGCGAUCGGCGAUAAGAUAGAUCUGAGGGCUAUCGCUAGCAAAUGGGAGAUGGUCACCGGUGGCAAGGCCGCGAACCCUCGAAAUCCUCUGAAGGCAUUCUCGGUCGAGCCUGAGGGCUUGGAGGGGAUAGUAUUGGAACUUGAUGUAUACUGCGCCUAUGCGUUCAAGCAUCUAGCAAGUGGUUGCAGGUCCUUGAUCCUGAGGUUAGAUUGUUUCCUCUUCGAUUUCGGCUGCAUAGUUUUCUGGGGUCUUAGUGCCGUGGAAGGGCGCACGCUCUUGAAUGUCAUCAGACCGUACGUUCGGAAACCAGCAGCUGAGACUUUUGAUGAUUACAUGGUUUAUACCCCAGCAUGUGCCCGAACGGAAGAGACCGAAGAGGAGAGGCAUCAAUCUACCAUCGUGAAUGAUAAUAUACAUCUAUCCACAGACGGCGUGUACGAACGACUUGCAUACAGCUACGCUUUCGGGCAAUCGGUGAAGCUUGAUCUUUUCGAAUGGUCGAUAGAUCGUACAAUCCAAGGCACGAGGAACAUUCCAGAGAAUCUAGCCAGGACCGGUAAGAUAGGCAUCGGGAUCAGGGAAGUUACCAAGAAGAUGGGUGAGCUCUUUGUUCAAAGGAGUAACAUUAACCUCCACAGUGAUAUCCUGGAUACCCCUGAUGUCUUUUGGGAGUUCGACCUUAUCGAGAGAGUGUACAAUAUGUGCCGAGACUAUCUCGAUGUUCAUAAGCGACUCGAUGUACUCAAUCAAAAGCUUGAUAUUAUGAAGGACAUGUACGAGAUGAUACAGAACGAGUUGAAUGUCGAACACGGGAAUAAGCUGGAAGUUAUAGUUAUCAUUCUGAUUGUUCUAGAGGUUGUUUUAGAGUUAGCUCAAGUUGCCGUUACUCUGAUACAUGAAUGA